UUUGGAUUGGGUAUGUUGAUGACGACGUGCUUCUCAGUACUGAACGCGUAUUUCGACAAGAAACUCAACAUGAUGAUGGGUAUUUUCGAGGUUUUCGUCGUCAUUGGCAUGAUGAUAUUUCCCCCGUUCGCUUCGUACGUUCGAGAAAAAGUGGGCCACAGAUAUUUUGUCGGGGUGCUUUUUCUGCUGCAAACGCUGAACGUAGUUGCUGUUGCCACAUUUCGUCCCGUAGAACGGUAUAUGAGAAGAGUUUCUAUCGAGAUAUCUGCUGAAGAACAGAAAUUGAUGAAAGAGAAAGAAGAUAUCAAAGCAUUAGAAGCCAAACUGAUUUUAGCUCACUUGGAUCCUAUAUUAGCGACACCUGACGUCAAGAAAGAGCAAUGUUUCAUCCACGAUUUUACUUUCCAACCAGCCCCAGUAUACGAAAAGAGUUUGGCCCGUAAAGUAUGGAAAGGUCUAACAAAUUGGAUAUUAAACACGAUGGGCUUCAAGUUCUACAAAGAUCCGAAGUAUAUGAGCAUCAUACUCGGCUUGGGCAUAACGUACAACUUUGAUAUCGUGUUCUUCGAACUGAUUGGAACCUUGCUGAGCACCAUCAACAUAGAACAGUCGCACAUCGUGGUAGCGCUCACUUCCUUCCACUUUUCUGAUCUGACAGCCAGAAUCAUUUACACCAUUCUGGGUUGUUUCUUCCGCUUGAACAACAGAUAUUUAUUCAUGUUCGGCAUGAUAUUUUCCAAUAUCGGAAGGGUGGCUUUCAUGGUGAAUGAUAAUUAUACAUGGAAACUAUGCAGCAUAUGUUUAGCCGGCUUCUCAAGAGGUUUCUUGGAAACACCAUUACCAAUGGUCAUAUCGGAAGAAUACAAGGAAGAAUUUCCUAUGGCCUAUUCAAUUUAUAUGAUCACGACAGGUAUCAUCAGCUUGAUAUUCGGAAGGAUAGUCAAUAUGGUAAAGGAUGCUUUGCAAAGUGACGCAGCGGUGAUAUAUACGUAUGCGACAGUUAAUUUUCUGUUUUUCAUUAUAUGGUGUGUAGAGCUCACCUACAGGAGAUGGUCG